AUGAAAGAUAAGACACCAUCUCGUGAUCCAUCUGAAUACUAUGCAGUACUAGGUUAUAUCAGGGUCUACACAUCUUCAAAGAAUACGGAUUUUCCACCAUCUGCAUCAUGGAUUGUUAAUAGUCACUACGUUCAAUUCACUUCAGGUCCUCAGGGGUCGAAAAACCUUAGUAUUAAGAUUAUUUGGCAAUUGAAAGAAGGGGCUGAUCAGGAGUAUCUUGGAGUGGCAAAAGUGGAAUGCUUUUACAUUUCUGAACUAGUAGUUCCUUCUGGUACUUCUAGUCUGAAAUUCAUAAUACAAGUAUGCAGUGCUGAUGGAGCCUCCCAAAAGUUGGAAGAUUCUCCAUCUUUCACAUUGAAAGUUCCAGCUUCAUAA